AUGGAAACAGGUUCUCUUGGGUGUGGUGCAAGGAGAUGGGCAAACAGGAUAGCCUCCGGGGCCCCCAGCAACUUCAAGUUCCUUUAUGAUUUGGAGCUCCCCAUUGCUGACAAAAUUCGAAUGAUUGCCCAGAAGAUCUACGGUGCAGAUGAUAUUGAGCUUCUCCCAGAGGCCCAACACAAGGUGGAGCUCUACACCAAACAGGGUUUCGGCAAUCUGCCAAUCUGCAUGGCGAAGACGCACCUAUCGCUCUCGCAUGACCCUGAGAAGAAGGGUGUGCCUACAGGGUUCAUUGUGCCAAUCAGAGACAUCCGAGCCAGUGUGGGCGCCGGCUUUCUGUUCCCACUGGUUGGCACGAUGCCUACAAUCCCCGGUCUUCCCACCAGGCCUUGUUUCUAUGACAUCGAUCUGGAUCCUGAGACUGAACAGGUCAACGGGCUCUUCUAAAACAGGACAGUACGAUGUGAAUAGACGUGGCCCAGCCCUCCACUCCCCCCACUGAGCCUUACCGAAAUAGGAUGGACUAAUAACUGGAUGUGUCUCAAGUUGGUCGGCAGGUGUCUUUUUCUUUGUCUUUUUAAACACUCACUGACAUCUGUAAAUAAUUGAUUUGCUUUUCCAAGAGGGCUGCUCAUGAAUUGAUUAAAUCUCUCAAGUUUGACAAUCUGUAAGAGACAGGGAAGUGUCUCCAGAACUACCCAUAACUUUGUGGUGGCACAUCUGGAUUUGAGCAUGUACCACCUGUGAUCGUUUUUCGUACAUCAAUUUUCUCAGUUUGACAGAUCUCAUUACUAAUACCUGUCAAGUUUCCUGUGUUGCUGCACCAAAUUCUAACCGAAUAUUUCUAAUACUGUCUAAUAUUGCUGGACCAAUCUGCACUGCUGUGAAAAAGAAAUGUGGUAAAGUUGCAUUGCUGUCAGGAAAGAUCAAAUAAAGUCUUCAAGAUGUUAAGACA